AAUUCGGAAUCACGUUAUAAAAUGAAAGAAAAAAAGAUAGAAGAAAAAUCUGAAAAUUUAUUUAAAAAACAUUCACAUUUAAAAUCAAAUAAACCUAAGAAUGAUUAUUCAUUUAAAAAGUCUGAAAAAAUAUCGAAGAACCAUCGCAAAUCUGGAAAUCCUACAGAAACAAAAUCGAAUCCUAAAAAUGAUAAAGAAUCAUAUAAAACAAAAGUUAAAUCCAAAAAUUGGUCCAUGUCACCACAAAUGAGCCAUUUAGAAGAUACUGAUACGGACAAUAAGGGUUUGAAAAAAUAUAAACAUGAAGGCUUAUCACUUACUAGAAAUAAAGAAUCUAAUAGAGAAAGUUGGGGUAGGCAUGGUUAUGAAAAUCAGAAUGAAAAUGCUACCAGAGUUGAUAUUGAAAAAUCAGAAGAUAAUAAAGAUAUUGAUAAACCAAAAGAAGAGCCUAAUUUUGGAUUAUCAGGUAAACUAGUUGAAGAAACUAACAAAUACAAAGGAGUAAUUAUCAAAUACAAUGAACCACCUGAAGCAAGAAUAUCUAAAAUAAAAUGGCGCCUAUAUCCCUUCAAAUCAGGUGAAGCUCUUUCUCCUAUAUUAUAUCUCCAUAGACAAAGUGCUUAUCUAUUUGGUAGAGAUAGAAAGAUAUGUGAAAUUCCUGUAGAUCACCCCUCAUGUUCUAAACAACAUGCUGUCCUUCAAUUUAGAGCCAUAUACCCCAAAGAAACUGAUAUUGUUCCAUCAGAUUUAUUAGAGGAUCAGGAUUUAGAAGAUGGUAAAAAAAGGCGAAUCCAGGUCAAACCCUACAUAAUCGAUCUAGGCUCUGCUAACGGUACUUUCCUGAACAAUAAACCCAUUGAGGCCAGUCGAUAUUACGAGUUGAUGGAAGGCGACGUCCUCAAGUUUGGGUUUAGUACUAGAGAGUACGUUUUACUACAUGAGACCUCUUCUGCCGUUGGUGAUGAAGAUUCAAUAAAAUCCCCCCAUGAACAUGAUGGACAAGAAGAAAAUCCAAUUGAUCAAAUGCAUGAGUGAGGGUCUUUAUAAUAAACACCUUAUUUAUUUUAAAUAUGGUUCAGAUAUAACUAUCUUGUUUUGGGACAUCAUUUUAUUUAUUAUUUUAAUGUAAUUUAAUGAUAUUAUACAUUAUUUCAUGUCUAAAUAACAAUCAAAAUAAAGAAAGAAAUUUAUUGUACAUUACAUGUAAAAUUUUGUAUUUAUAUUUUAUAUAAUGCAUACGAAAAUGAAUGAUAAAUUAUUA